AUCUUCAUAAAACCCACAGAAUUCACCAUCUUUUAGUGAUAAGUAUAUUUUUUAUUUUUCAGCUGUAAUUGCCCCCCAAGAGGGCAAGGCUCAUCACCACAACAACAGCAAAAGAAGGAGCUUUUCUUCUUCUUCAUCUUCUUCUUCUUCUUCCUCUUCUUCUUUCUUUCCUUUUCUUGUCAUGAUGUUGGGCACAUCUUCUUCCUCAGCUGGUGGCCUAAUAGGAGGCAAUUCAGCUGAGGCCGGGGCUGCGGGGGCCACUGGGGCAGCGGCAGCAAUAGAAGCUGGAGCCGCUCCCCAUGAUAGUGGUGGAAGCGGCGAAGUAGGCGGUGGGACGGGAGGAGCAAUCCCGAGUGGAUUCAGUGAGGAUGAAAAGGCAAGGAUUGAAGAAGGUGAGAGGGCAGCUGGGGGUAAUAGGUGGCCUAGACAAGAAACAUUGGCCCUCCUAAAAAUAAGGUCUGAAAUGGAUGUUGCUUUUAGAGACUCAAGUCUUAAAGGUCCAUUAUGGGAAGAAGUUUCCAGGAAAAUGGCUGAACUUGGCUAUCAACGGAGCUCAAAGAAGUGUAAAGAAAAGUUUGAGAAUGUUUUCAAGUACCACAAGAGAACCAAAGAAGGCCGAGCUUCAAAAGCAGAUGGCAAAACUUAUCGCUUCUUUGAUCAAUUGGAGGCACUUGAGACUAAUCCCUCAAUGCAAUUGCCUCAACCUCCAACAAGGCCUCAGCCUCCAACGGCGGCGGCUGCGGCAAUGGCCGUGCCAAUGCAGGCUGCAGCUUCAAAUCCUCCGAUCUCAUCACAUGGCACUGUUUCAUCGGCUCCGCUCUCACCAAAUCCAGUAAGUUUUGCUCAAAACUUUCUGCCCCAAAAUGUUACUAGCAAUGCUAUUCCCACCAUCCCUUCACUGCCACCUUCUCAAUCACAACACUUGCAUCCGCCGCCGCCAACGACGAACGCUGCAAAUCCUCCUCCUCCUCCUCCUCAUCAUCAUCAUCAUCAUCAUCCGAGCAACACUAGUUUUCCUCAUCAUCCCAGUUUAUCGACGAGUAUGUUGUCCAAUUCUUCAUCUUCAUCUACUUCGUCCGACGAGGAUAUCGGAAGGCGGCAUUUGAGGAAAAGGAAAUGGAAGGAUUUUUUCGAGAGACUAAUGAAGAAUGUGAUCGACAAGCAAGAGGAGUUGCAGAAGAAGUUUUUGGACACACUAGAGAAACGGGAGCGCGACCGGAUGAUAAGAGAAGAAGCGUGGAGAGUUCAAGAGAUGGCUAGAAUUAAUCGAGAACACGAUCUUUUAGUCCAAGAAAGAUCCAUGGCGGCCGCGAAAGAUGCAGCAGUCAUUGCAUUCUUGCAAAAGAUCACUGAACAGCAAAACCCCAACAAUCCUAAUACUACUCCAAUUCGGCUUCCAGCGCAACUCCAAUUGCCAGAAACAACUCGAAUCCCGCCGCCUGCUCCGCCGCCUAUGGUUCCUCCGUCGAUGUCGGUAUCAGUCCCACAAGCAACGCCUGUAACACCAAUUCCACCACCUGCUGCUGCUGCUGCAGUUGCACCACAACCACCCACACAAGCAACAAUGGGGGCCGCGCCAACGAGGAAUCUGGAAAGCAGUCCUAAUAAAACGGAUAACGGGAUUCAGAAUUUCAUGCAACCGAGCUCUUCUCGCUGGCCUAAGGCUGAAGUUCAAGCUUUGAUUCGUAUGCGAACCAAUCUUGACGUCAAGUAUCAAGAAAAUGGACCCAAGGGGCCACUCUGGGAGGAAAUAUCAUCAGGAAUGCGUAAACUGGGGUACAACAGAAAUUCCAAGAGAUGCAAGGAGAAGUGGGAAAACAUCAACAAAUACUUCAAGAAAGUCAAGGAGAGCAGCAAGAAAAGACCCGAGGAUUCAAAAACUUGUCCAUAUUUCCACCAGCUCGAUGCUUUAUACAGAGAAAAAGCAAAAGGGGAAACGACUUCAUUUGCCUCUGGAUACCCAAAUGUUAAACCCGAGAAUCCCAUGGUGCCAAUCAUGGCUAGACCAGAACAACAGUGGCCGUUACAACAGGAUCAACAACAGCAGCAGCAGCAACAACAACAGCAGCAGCAGCAGCAGCCGGAUUCUGCAAUGGAGGAUCACGGGAGCGAUAACAUGGAUGAAAAUGACCAUGACGAAGAUGAUGGGGACGAAGAUGAGGACGAAGAUGAAGGAGCAGGAUACGAGAUAGUGACAAACAAGCAGGCUUCGUCUGUGGCGACCACAGUCGAGUAGCGAAUGAGGCCAUGGAGGAAGAGGAAAGAGGCCGAGGUGGUAAAAAAAAAAA